CUAGUAGGUGUGGUAUGAAAUGCCGAACCGUAAAGGAGCUCGCAAUGCCUAUUACUUCUUCGUGCUGGAGAAGCUGCCAGAACUGAAGCGGCAGGGUCUGGCUGUGACCGGGGUGGUUGACGCCAUCCCGCAUUGCUCCGACGCCUGGGCGAUACUUAAUGAAGAGCAAAAAGAAAAGUAUACAGAAAUGGCCUGUCAAUGGAAAGCUAAGAAGACAAAAGAACCAGCAAAAAAGCCACCUAGCCAAGUCCCAGUACCGUUUCCUACUCGGAAUAAGAUUCCUGUUACAAACCGUACAAGCCCACUUAAAUGUGAACAAGUUGUGCUUGAAACUUCAUUCUACUUUCUGAAUAUCUUCAGUCAUGGAGUGUUGCCCCCUCACUGCAGCCAGCGUUUCCUCCCUUGUGAAAUUGGGUGUAUCAAAUACUCACUUAAGGAUGGCAUAAUUGCAGAGUUUCAUCAUUUUAUAAAUCCUGGAGAAGUACCACGGGGCUUUCGGUUUCAUUGCCAGGCUGCAGGUGAUGCUACUCAUAGAAUUCCUAUAUCUGGAUUUGACAUUGAAACUGCAAGUUAUUCAGUUGUGUUGCAUGAACUCUACACAUUCAUCCAGCCACACAGGGGCAACUGGCCACCUGUAUAUUGUAAGUCUGAUGAUCACUUCAGAGUUAACUGGUGCCUAAAAUAUAUGGCUAAAGAAACAGGCACAGUCAAUCAUCUAGAGCUCUUAAGUGUGGAGGACCUUGUUGUGGAGCUGCAUUAUCAUAAACUUCAAAAAGAGCCUUCUAAGACUUGGGUGUGUAAUACACUGGAUGCUUCCAUAUGGGAUUACUCAGGCAGUACAAGGUGUCAGUGGCAUGAAGAAAAUGAUAUUGUAUUCUGUGCUCUUGCUACGUGCAAGAAAAUUGCAUACUGCAUCAGCAAUUCUCUAGCAAAUAUGUAUGAAAUCCAGCUAACUGCAUCUCAUUUACCACUACCUGAGAAGAACUGCCAGAACACAGCAAACCCUAAGAUGAUAGUACUGGAUGCUGGACGCUUCCAGAAAGGGAGGUUCAAGAGCCCUGGAAGUGAUAGUUAUUUCAGAUCUCUUAAUAAGGAUCACAGCUCCAUACCUUGUAGUGGUGUAACUCCUUCAGGAGUGAAAAUGAUGCAUGAACCCAUCCCUAGAUGUGGAAGAGGAAUUGCACGUUUUCUAGAAAGCACAUCCAAGCAGUCCAACAGUUAGAAGUAUUCAGUGCUUCCUAUACGUAUGAUUAUUCCAGUUAUUAUUGGGAAUAUAAACAUAUU